AUGACUAGCAAAAUCGAUGUCACCAUGACUUCAUCGUCUUCCCCACCCGUGUUGGGUAGCGAACACUUACCUACCGGCACGACACCUCUGCCGCAGUGGUCUGCAAUUGGAAAUUCACCAAGGAUGUCGCUAAAAUUGAAUGGCAAAUACUGGCUGCAUAUAGCCUUAUUUUGUCAAGUUACCAACCUGGAAGAGUUAAAGCAAGGCCUUAUCGACAAUAAAAUAUCAGCUGCUUUCAUCAAUCCUGCUUUGAUUGUUGGAAUCUUUCAAUUAUCGGUUGCAGCCUUUAAAGCCGCACACUUGCAAGAUAUUAAUAAAAUGAAGACACGCAAUGUUCACAGUGAACUACUUUAUAGUCUAUCACCGUCUAAAAAUAUUGCUGGCUCAUUCAAAAAAUUUGGACUAUCUAAUGAUUCAAAUGCAGUCAUUGUUGCUGUCAUUGAUACUGAUAGCGAAGAAAAUAGUAGUAAAUUUCAGAUGGCAAUUCAGGCUGUUAAAGGUGAACGCAUUGGAAUAGAAAAGAUAAAUGAUUUCUCAAAAUAUGAAGAUAUUAAAAAGAUUUAUAGUAUUACCGAUGCCGAACUGAACACAACAGACCUAGUAGAUGCCGUUGUCAAUAAGAUGGCUGUAAAAGAUGCAUAG